AGAUGCAUAAACCAACCUAUUAGAACUGAAGUUUAAAUUAUUUUUUUUUAAAUUCGGGUUUUCACAUCAUAAUCAUGGAUGUACUCAAUAAAUUUCGAUCUACUGUUACAAGUACUAUGUCACAACUAUCUACAGUAUUACCUGGCAAUCCAGUUACAAGGGAGUAUGAAGCCACUAAACAUAUUGCAAGUGCUGGUGUUGGAUUGCUUUGGAAAAUAUACAGUGGUUAUAAGAAAUCAACACAGCAAUCUGCAUCUAUUUUUGUAUUAGAAAAGAGACAAUUAGAUAAAUGGUCAAAAACAGAGCGAGAACACAUAAUAGAAGUUGUCAAAAAAGGUGUAGCCCAACUAGCCAGGCUCAAACAUCCUCAAAUAUUAACUGUUCAACAUACUUUAGAAGAAUCUAGAGAAAGUUUAGCAUUUGCUACAGAACCUGUAUUUUGUAGUCUAGCUAAUGUCCUUGGUAAGCUGGAAAAUACACCACAACCAUUGUCUAAAAGUCUGCAAGAUUACAAUUUAUUUGAUAUUGAUAUCAAAUAUGGCUUAAUGCAACUUGGUCAAGGUCUAGCAUUUUUACAUAAUGAUGCUAAGCUACUCCAUCACAAUCUGUGCCCAGAAAAUGUUGUAAUUAAUGAACAAGGAGCAUGGAAAAUAUUUGGAUUUGAUUUUUGUUCUCAAAGUAUCAAUCCAGUAGAUCCAAAUCCUACAUGGCCUAGCUGGGAGUAUAAGGUAGAUGUGCAUCCCUGGGCACAACCAACUUUAGAUUAUUUAGCGCCUGAAUCAGGUUGUGAUCACAUUCAAAUUAAAGCCAAUGACAUGUAUUCUUUAGGAGUAUUAAUUUUUGCUAUCUAUAAUAAAGGAAAUGCACCAUUACAGUCAAAUCAUGAGUGGUCUACUUAUAAACGCAACUUACAAGAAAUGAAAUAUAAUACACCAAAAAUAUCAAUUGUUGAUGCUGCUCUCCGAGAUCCAGUGAAAUUAUUAUUAAGUUUUAGACCUGAAGACAGACCUGAUGAACAUGAAUUUUUAAAAAUAGAAUAUUUUAAUGAUGUUGGUGUUAAAACUUUAAAUUAUUUGGAUUCACUUUUUCAAUGGGAUAAUUUACAAAAAUCCCAAUUUUACAAAGGUUUACCUCAAAUAAUGGAAAAAUUACCUCACAGAAUUUGUUUAAAAAGGAUUCUUCCAUGUCUUGUAAAGGAUUGUGUUAAUCCUGUUAUGAUACCCUUUGUUUUACCAAAUAUUUUUUAUGUCUGUGAAAACUGUACUAAAGAUGAGUUUGUUCACCAUAUUUUACCAUGCUUAAAACCUAUAAUGAAAGUACAUGAACCAGUUCAAGUUCCUUUCAUAUUCCUUCAAAAAAUGGAAUUAUUAUUAAAAUUAGCACCACUAGAGGAUCUCAAAUCUGAUAUUUUACCAAUGUUAUAUAAAACAUUGGAAUUGGAUUCAAAACCAGUUCAAGAAACUUGUCUAUCAGUGAUUCCAUCAUUAGCUACUCUCGUAGAAGGCCCUUCCAUGAAAAAUGCCUUAUUACCUAGGAUUAAAAGAUUAUGUUUGUCAACUUCUGAUCUUUCAGUUCGUGUAAAAUGUCUUGUUUGCAUUGGUAAAUUAAUUGAAUAUUUGGAUAGAUGGCUAGUACUUGAUGAUAUUAUUCCAUUUUUACCUCAAAUACCUUCCAAAGAUCCAGCUGUGAUUAUGGGCAUCUUGGGUGUAUAUAGGAUUAUACUUUCCCAUAAAAAAAUGUACAUUACAAAAGAAACUAUGGCUCUCAGUAUUUUACCUUUUUUAAUACCCAUGUGUAUUGAGAAUACACUAACACUAAAUCAAUUCAAUGUUUUAAUAUCAAUUGUGAAAGAAAUGAUUUCUAGUGUUGAAACUGAACAUCGAGCUAAAUUACAACAACUAAAUGAACAGCAUAGAUCAAUUUCAAAUAGUUUAACUUUAGAAAAUGGAACAACUACAAAGUCAAAUGGUUUAACAAAUGAAUUUCAAUUUGAAAGUUUUGUUGAAAAACCUUCAAUGCAAUUAUCUGGUUCCAAUGAAAUAACUCAAAUAACAAAUAGUCUGUCUUUCAACUAUGAAAAAUCAAAGACAAAGCAAUCUCAAGAUUUACCAUUCCGUACGUUUCAACAAGAUUUUACCCUUACUCCAAGUGUAGAAAAAAGCAACAAGAAUAAUCCAGUACCCAAGGAUCUCACAUCGUCUUUGAUUGAUUCAAAUAUUAAUCAAAUAAGUUGGUCAAAUCAGAUAAAACCUACCUCAAGUUCAUUAUCUCAGUCAAAAUCAAUGGGAUUUGAAAACAAAUCAAUGAAUCUUCAAAGCAGACUUUCAGGAUUUGAAAAUAAUUCAGUUAAUCCACAAAUGAAACCAAUGUCCCUUCAUAAUUCUGCAAAUAACUGGAAUGAUUUAUGGAUUAAACAAGAAGAAACUCGGUCACAAGUUAAACAAUUGUCUUUAUCUGAUAUAAAUGAUUUAUUGAACUGAAAAAUUACUUAAUCCACUUUAAAGUAAUUACUACAUAAUUUACUUAUUAACUUCAUUCAAGUAUUUUAUAUUUUAAACUUUAGUCAUUAUAUUUAUUUUUGGGAAUGAAUUCAUUAAUUCCUUAAUUUUUAAUUUUAUUGUUGUUUAUUUUUAAACCAGAUUACAUUUCCAUCAAAUUUUAAUAUCCUAUUUAUCAAUUCAAAAUAAUAUAAUUUAUUAGAAUUAAUAACUAAUAUUUAUUUAGUUGCGUGCAUUUAAAACCAAAAUUUAGAAUAUGAAUACUUAAAAUGUAUAAUAGUAUUAUUUUAAAUUAAAACAAAAUAUUAGAAAGAAUAGAUUAAUUCAAAUUAUUAGUAUUAUUGAGUCAUUAAAAGAAUUGUGUUAUUAUACAAUAUUGUGAAAUAGAUAACAUAUAUAUUGGAUAGGUAAUUUAUUAUUUAUUUUUCUUUCGCUUAUAUUGUUAUAUGUAUAAUAUAUUAAAUAAUUUUUACAAAAUAAACAUGUAUUAAUCAUGACUGACAUUUAUACACAUUUGUCAUUUGAUUGUAAUACUAUGCCAAAGUUACUUCAGUUUGCGGAUUCUUCAUCCUGGGAAACAUCUUCUCUUUAUAAUAGAUAUCAUAUUCACUUAUGUUUUGAUAUAUAUGUAAAAUUAAAGAAAUUUUAAUUUUAUAAUAAGUACCUAUGAAAAUUUUAACUCUGAAAUGUUAAAAAUGUUUUUAAGUUUUAUUCAACAUCAUUAAGAUUUUGACAUAAAAAUACUAUAUAUGUAUAAUGUAUAUAUUAUAAUAUUAUAAUUAUGUUAUAUUAAAUAUGUAUAUAUCUCAUCUAACAUCUAAGACCAACAUUUAAAAAAAAUACAUUUUCAUAUUUUUAUCCUUCAAAUAGGAUGGAUAUUAAUCAAUAAUCACAAAUAUAAAACAUUUGUUCUAUAUUUGUAGUACUAACUAAAUUAUUUUCUUAAAUCUUAAUUUUUUUUAUAAUUUUUAUAUACAUAAUAUAAAUUAAUAUAAUUUGUAUUUAGACUAGUAAUCAGAUUCUAUUACAUGUGUUGAACAGUAGGCGUAAUUGAUAACAUUAUAUACAAUAAUGACAAAAUGUACAUAGUGAAGAGACCUCUCACUUUCCAGUGGAAGUAACUUUGACAUGAAAUACAUACUAUAUUUAUAUUGAA